AUGACUGGUUUCGUUUUAUCGUUCAUACUUUGCUUACGCGCUGUACAUGUGGUUUCAGAAUGUACAAAAACAUUCUUAUUUGACACAGCCUUUGUUGAUACUAAACUUACUAAUUAUUUUGAAACGACUACUCAAGAUUCAAAGUUAGAUUGCUCUAGAAGAUGUCAAGAUAUAGAAUACUGUACAGGGUUUUCGUACAACCCGACUUCUUGGAGAUGUGAACUUUAUGAUGAAGUUAUUUCAACUGCAAAAACUGAAUUGGCUGCUGGAACAGUGACAUACAAGGCAACUGAAGUUUGUGGUCCACCACCAAGCAUCCCAAAUACCAAUACUCAGCCUGCUGAUCAAUACUAUCUACCAGGUUAUCUUAUGUUGUAUGACUGUCUCCGUGGCUCCUAUCAGAACUCGUCUAUUGUCUGCCUAAAAGAAGGAUCAUGGAACACAUCGGCUGCCGAAGAAUAUUAA